AUGGAAGUUGAUAUAUCAAAUAACCCCUUACAUGAAACAAAUAUGGACACUACUUCUGAAUGGGAAAGCGCUAUUCCAAAAGAUGAUGAAAAACAUAAAAAUCAAAUUGUGAGUACUGAAGAGUUAGUUACUACCACCUGUAGUGAUGACAGUGCUCCUCUCGAAAGGGAAACUUGCACAGAUUCUGAAUCCAUUUCAAUAGAUGUAAAGAAACUAGACGAGAACACUUCAACUACACCGAAUAUAUAUUGUCCUCCAAGUUGGGCUUUAAAUUGUCCUCCAUCUUUAGAUUAUAAAUUAGAAGUUAUUAAAAAUGGUUUACAACUUUCAGAGAGUACAGUUUAUUUAUCAUCUCCUUCAGAUACAAAUUUGCAAUCUUCAUGUGAUGAUGGUUUAAGUUAUUGUUUAUUUGGUCGUCAACCUCAAUCAUAUUAUACACAAUCGAAUAAUAUGAAUGGACAAUGUUCAGUACUUGCUCAUCCUUCAAUAAGUCGACUGCAUGCUGUAUUACAGUAUGGUAAACCACCGCAUGCUGUGGGUCAUGUAUCAGAAAAUGAAAAAGACACCACUGGAUGGUAUUUGAAAGAUUUAGAAAGUACUCAUGGUACUUUUGUUAAUAAGCGACGUCUACCCCCAGGAAGAUAUGUUCGUAUUCGUGUUGGUUAUGUUUUACGAUUUGGUGGUAGUACACGUUUGCAUAUUCUUCAAGGACCUGAAGAAGACACUGAACAACAAACUUCACAUUCUUGGUUCGAUUUGAAGAAAUCUCAUGAAGAGUAUAAGAUGAAUCUUAAAAUGGAACGCAAUAUUUCAUCAAUACAGAAUUCAAAUACUGUCAAGCUUGAAUGUAACUGGGGGAUGUCGUUAGAAGAUCCUGUCUCUGAACCAAUUCCAACUUUAUUACAAUCUGGAACUUGUUUAAAUCAUGAAAAAUUAUAUCGUGAUGAUCCUAAGCGGGCAUUGAAUGCAUAUUUUGAACGAGAAGGGAUUGAUCCUGUUCCACAGUAUGAAUUUGUUGAAGCACCAUUUGGCAAACAACAUUGUCGAAUCGAGUUGCCAUUGAGUUCAGGUACCGUGACCGCAGAAGCUCUUGUUUCCGGUAAACGAAAAGAAGCUGUUGUUGCUUGUGCUUUGGAAGCAUGUCAACUUUUAGAUCGUUUGGGUGAAUUUGACCCAGAUAAAGAUCGUUCCACCGCUUCUAAAUACGCUCGAUCACGAGCUUAUUGGGAAGAUCGUGACUAUUAUUCAUCUGAUGAAGAUACAUAUGUUGAUCGAACUGGAGCUGUGGAGAGAAAACGUUUAAAUCGUAUGCGUCAAUUAGGUGUGAAUGAUAAUGAUGGAAUUAAAACAACAGACGAACUAUUGAACAAUGAUAAUGCUAAACUUCAUCUUAAAAAUGAAAAACGAAUAUCUCAAAAUGCAAACAUGAUUACUAUGCUUUCAGAGUUAGAAAAAAUUGGUGAAGAGAUUGUUUCAAUCGAAGAAGAAUUAGAAGCUAUCAAUAAAGAGUUUUCACCUAAAGAAGCUAAUCCAUCACAACUUGACGAGUUAGAGGCCUAUAUGAAUGCACUUAAAACAAACUCAUCUAAAUGUGCACAACGUUCUAAAUUAAAAGCACGUCUAAUUUCAUUACGUCAAACUGAACUGCAACUUUUUCAUCGUGCUGGACUUUCAAGAGUAGGCAAAACUGUGAAACAACUUAGCAAUAAACAAAAUAACAAUUCUGAAUAUAUUUCAUCAUCCGAUGCUGCAGCCGCCGUUCGAGCAGCUCGACAAAAAUUAAAUAAUGAUGCUGGUGAACAACAAAGUGAAAAUGAUCAACUAAAUGCUGUUACAUCUGAGCAAAAAAUUAAAAAUAUUCGAGCUGAUAGAAAUGCAUUAAAAAGAAGUCUACAAAAUCAUGCCAGAACACUUUAUGUAUCUCAGAAGAAAAUUGAAAUAGAUAGACCAUUUGAAGUGGAAAAUGAUGACGAUGGUGACACCAAUGUAAAUGAUAUUGGUGACAAAGAAGAAACAAAACAAAUGGAGAUGAGUGUAGACAAUGAAGAGAAUAACGUUGAUACCGCUAUUUCUGUUCCUCAAUACAAAUCGAGCAAAUAUCCAGAUUCUAGUUGUCAAUCAACGUUUCCCCUUAUUUCUACUACUGCUACCAUGAAUAUUGUAAAUAAUAAUGACAAUCUUAUUGACGAUUCCAGUACAACUAUAAGUAAUGAACAAGGUGUGGAAGAAAACUCAACUGAAAUUAAAUUAUAUGUCGAUAAAAAUCAACAACCUUCCAAGGUGUUGGGACCAACUUUGCCUCCGUCUCAAUCUCAAAAACCUCUUGAGGUCAAUAAGAGGACAAAAAAUUAUCCAGAAAAUGAUUCUGACGAUUAUGUGGAAUGGUUUCCUCCAUCAGACCAAAGUGGAGAUGGUAUCACUUCUCUUAAUGCUAAAUAUGGAUAUUAA